AUACAGGGCCCCGAUCCACAAAGCCUUCGUAACUUACACAUAUCGUAAGAGUUUACGAUUGAAAUUAAGAUAAUUUUACUAAUAUUUACGACCGAUCCACAAAGCGUUCUUAAUCCGUUCGUAAAUUCAUCGUCUUACGAUCAUUGUCGUAAAUUAAGAUUGUCGCUCUCCUGUGAUGGAGGUAAGAAUAUAGGGGGAUUCCCCAAUGACGUCAUUAAUUUACAGGGGAAUCCCUUCACUGUAUUAGCAGACGACGCCAGUCGUAUUAUCAAGCGAUCAUGGAUGCUAGUCAACCAUUGACAUUGAAACGCCAAAGGAGCAAGAACUGGACUAACAGUGAGUUAGCCCUUCUAAUAGAGGGUGUACAGUCGAAGAAAAACGUGUUGUUUUCGUCAUUUACCAACAAUUUGACGAACAGAAUGAAGAAGAAAGCAUGGGAGGACAUUUCACAGAGCAUCAGUGCAAACAGUGGUGUCAAGAGACUGACCAAAGAUGUUAAAAAGAAGUGGAUGGACUACAAGAGUCAAACAAGGAAAAAAGAAGCUGAAAGAAGGAGGGAGGCAACGAGAACUGGUGGGGGGCCUCCACCAUCCAACCUCACUGAAAUGGAACAGCGGGUUGUAUCAUUCAUACCUCCCUGCUCGAUUCAAGGCUGUGAGGGUGGCCUUGAAAGUGAAGAAUAUGAAAACACUACCCCAGCAACUCCAGUUUUUGCAGAGACUCUUCAAGCCCUGCAGGACUUGCCUUGUGAUGGGGCCUUUGUGCCACCAACAUACAUCAUGUACUCAGAGAGUGUGAUGUCGGCAGAUGAUGUUCCUCAAGUUGAUGCAGUUUCACAUGUUAAGGCCACAAAGACUCUCAGUGACAAAGAUAACAUUCUGAACAUAGAGAGGGAGAAACUGAAUGUGCUGAAAGAGCUUCUUGAGGUCGAAAAAAAGAGUGAGUGAGUGAGUGAGUAUGGUUUUACGCC